ACUGUCGCUGCAUACCUUGUGUUGCGUUGAUAACUGCAGCUCGCAAUCCCGGGUUUGACCUAAAGUCCGCAAACACACUUCAAAGAGCUAGCCCUGGACCCAGCGUUCAGCAUGGCUUACCGUCAGCUUCAGGGCACCAACCGGGGCGCCUCUGCUGGUGCCCCGGUGGCUUAUAGCCGCCCCAUGCAGGGCAGGGUUGGACGCUCGGCACUCCGUGUGCAGGCUGUUGCUGAGGCCGAGCGCCCCACUGCCGCCAAGAGCUCUGGCUCUGCGGAGCCGGUCACCACCGACAUCACCUCGAAGCUCAAGUACCUGUUCGGCCGGAACGGCGACUACACCAACGCCGAUGCUUACCAGGGCACCGCCUGGAGCGUCCGCGAGAAGCUCAUUGACUCGUUCAACAAGACCCACGAGCACUGGAAGAAGGAGGACCCCAAGUUCAUCUACUACCUGUCUGCUGAGUUCCUGAUGGGCCGCUCGCUGACCAACACCGUCUACAACCUGGGUCUGGAGGGCGAGUAUGGCAACGCGCUGCGUGAGAUGGGAUACCACAUGGAGAAGGUCGCGGAUGCUGAGCGCGACGCUGCCCUCGGCAACGGUGGCCUGGGCCGCCUGGCCGCCUGCUUCCUGGACUCGAUGGCCACUCUGGACCUGCCGGGCUGGGGCUACGGCAUCCGCUACAAGUACGGCAUGUUCAAGCAGGGCCUGAAGGACGGCUACCAGGUUGAGAUGCCCGACAUUUGGCUGACCAAGGGUAACCCCUGGGAGGUCCGCCGCGACGACGUCAAGUUCGAGGUGGGCUUCGGCGGCCGCGUGGAGCGCAAGAAGGUGAACGGCAAGGAGAUGACUGUGUGGACGCCCUCGGAGAAGGUGAUCGCCCAGGCGUACGACAACCCGAUCCCCGGCUACGCCACUCCCACCACCUCCAACCUGCGCCUGUGGGACGCGGUGCCGGUGCACGAGUUCGACCUCAGCGCCUUCAACGCCGGCGACUACGACCGGGCCAUGCUGGAGCGCGAGCGCGCCGAGGGCAUCAGCGCCGUGCUGUACCCCAACGACUCCACCCCCGAGGGCAAGGAGCUGCGCCUCAAGCAGCAGUACUUCUUCGUGUGCGCCUCGCUGCAGGACGUGAUGUCGCGCUUCCGCGCUGUGCACGGCGCCAACUGGGAGGCGCUGCCGGAGAAGGCGUGCUUCCAGCUGAACGACACGCACCCCACCAUCGCGGUGGCGGAGCUGAUGCGCCUGCUGGUGGACGUGGAGGGACUGGAGUGGGAUGCCGCCUGGACCAUCACCACCAAGUGCCUGAACUACACCAACCACACCGUGAUGCCCGAGGCGCUGGAGAAGUGGCCCGUCAAGGUGAUGGCCAAGAUGCUGCCGCGCCACAUGGAGAUCAUUGAGGUGAUCAACGAGGGCUGGACCAAGUGGCUGGGCGUGCACCUGAAGGACCUCAAGUCCGAGGAGCGCGCCAAGAAGAUCGCCGCCAUGUCCAUCAUCCACGCCAACCCCUGGAACGCCGAUGAGAUGCUGGUGAACAUGGCCUACUUGGCCGUGGUGGGCUCCUCCGCCGUCAACGGUGUGGCCGCCAUCCACUCCAACAUCGUCAAGGACGAGAUCCUCAACGACUUCUACGAGAUCUUCCCCUCCAAGUUCCAGAACAAGACCAACGGCGUGACCCCCCGCCGCUGGCUGGCCUGGUGCAACCCCGAGCUGGCGCAGCUCAUCACCGAGGCGCUGGGCAGCAGCGAGUGGAUCAACGACACCGAGAAGCUGGCCGGCCUGCGCGCCUUCGCCUCCGACCCCGCCUUCCAGGCCAAGUGGGCGGCUGUGAAGAAGGCCAAGAAGGCCAAGCUGGCGGAGCUGAUCAAGAAGAUCCACGGCGACGACGUCAACCAGAACGCGCUGUUCGACAUCCAGAUCAAGCGCAUUCACGAGUACAAGCGUCAGUACCUGAACGUGCUGUCCAUCAUCUGGCGCUACAAGCAGCUGAAGAAGAUGACGCCCGAGCAGCGCAAGGCAUCCGCUGUGCCGCGCGUGUGCGUCAUCGGCGGCAAGGCCGCCUCCGCCUACGACAUGGCCAAGCGCAUCAUCCGCCUCGUCACCGCCGUGGGCGAAGUCAUCAACAAGGACCCCGAGACCAAGGACUACCUGCGCCUGUACUUCCUGCCCGACUACAACGUGACCCUGGCCGAGACCAUCAUCCCCGCCGCCGAGCUGUCGCAGCACAUCUCCACCGCGGGCACUGAGGCUUCGGGCACGUCCAACAUGAAGUUCCAGAUGAACGGUUGCCUGAUCAUGGGCACCUGGGACGGCGCCAACAUUGAGAUCGCGGAGGAGACGGGCGUGGAGAACGUCUUCGUGUUCGGCGUGCGCGCCGAGGAGAUCAACCAGCUGCGCAAGGACCGCAAGAACUUCAAGACCGACCCCCGGUGGGACGAGCUGAUGAAGGACAUUGAGGGCGGCAUGUUCGGCGACAAGGACUACUUCAAGCCGCUGGUGGACAGCGUCAACAACAUGAAGGUGGGCAACGACUGGUUCCUGCUGGCCAACGACUUCGCCGGCUACCUGGCGGCACAGGAGGAGGUGGACGCCACCUACAAGGACCAGGCGGAGUGGCUGCGCCGGUCGAUCAUGUACACGGCCGGCAGCGGCAAGUUCUCCAGUGACCGCACCAUUCGCGAGUACGCUGAGGACAUCUGGCACGUGAAGCCCGCUCGCCCCUCCGCGUAAGCGGGAGUCUAGGGCCAACGAGACUCCGUCCGCCUGCAGUCGCCGACAGCAUUUGCCGGCGGUGUGCGGCUGAGGGUGGUGUGCGCGGGGCACGCAGACGGAGGAAUGGAAGAAACGGGUGAAGCACAGCGGCAGCAGCACCGGUGGCCGCUAGUAUCACGCGGGGUUGACGCUGGAUGCGAGCUCGUGGGGUUCGUUGUUUGUUACGGCAAGUGUGCCCCCGCCCUUACCCCGUGUUGGGGCAGCUGGUGUGCAGCGACAGGGUCCAGGGAUCGCACGUUGCUGUGCGGCAUUUCGGUGUUGCCUAGUUUUAGACGCGAAGAAGCAGGCAUGUAUGCACGGGCGGUGCGGCUGAAGUGAACAACAACUAGGUCGACCGCUGUUACAGCGCACGAUUGCAUGGACUGCGUGGGCCCAAACGCGCGCUUGCGCAUGUCACUGGUUAGCUAAUCUUGUUAGAACUUAUGUCAGGCGCAAAUUGCGCCGUGUGUUGGUGGGUGCGUUUGGGGCUCGCGGCCCAAGAUUCUUUUCACCACAGCGUCGCCGGGGCGCCCGCGGCUGCAUGGUGUCGUCUCGGUGAGAAUCUGACGGAUUGUAAUCUUGUACUCGG